UUGUUUGGAUAACCAGAAAAUCAGAAGGGAAAAAAAAGGAACAAAGGGGGAACGUAUCUUCUAUCUACGACAUUGAAGCCAUCUCUUGGGACUUAAACUCUCAAGCCGGAUGCUUUGUUGCAGAUAUGCUCUGCCACUUAUUACUAAAAGGUUGGAAUCAGUUAAAAUAACCCAGAGAUUUAGGAAUACUUCGGUAUGCGCCGCUAAAGGUCCAAGGCCUCGAUAUCCUCGGGUAUGGAAAUCAAGGAAGAGAAUUGGAACUGUCUCAAAAUCAGCUAAUCUUGUUGCUUGUGUAAAACAACGGUCAAAUGUCAAGGAGGAAGUUUACGGGGCUCUUGAUUCCUUUAUUGCGUGGGAACUAGAGUUCCCUUUAAUUAUAGUGAAGAAAGCAUUGAAGAUCCUUCAGAACGAACAAGAGUGGAAGAGAAUAAUUCAGGUGAUAAAAUGGAUGCUAAGCAAAGGUCAAGGAAGAACAAUGGGGACAUAUUUCACCUUACUGAAUGCUUUGGCAGAGGAUGGGAGACUUGAGGAGGCUGAAGAGCUAUGGGCCAAACUGUUUUCUGAUAAUUUAGGAAGCACCCCGCGUAUUUUCUUUGAUAAAAUGAUUUCAAUUUAUUACCACAAGGACAUGCAUGAUAAGAUGUUUGAGGUAUUUGCUGACAUGGAAGAGCUUGGUGUCAAGCCAAGUAUAUCAGUUGUUUCAAUGAUUGGAAUUGUCUUCCAAAAGUUGUGCAUGUUGGACAAGUAUGAUAAAUUAAAGAAGAAAUAUCCACCUCCGAAAUGGGAAUAUCGGUACAUCAAAGGAAAGCGUGUCAGAAUUCAAGUAAAGCAGCUACAGGAAUUUGAUAAAACUGCUAAAGGCAUCACUGAGGACAAGGAAACUGAAGAGAUUUCGAGUUUAGAGCAUGAGGAAGUAGAAGCAAGUUCAAAUAAAGUAAAGCAGCUACAAGAACUUGAUAAAAUUGCCAAAGUUGACACUGAGGACAACGAAACUAAAAAGGAUUCGAGUGUAGAGCAUGAGGAAGCAAGUUCAAAUAAAGUAAAGCAUCUACAGGAAGUUGAUAAAAUUGCCAAAGGUGUCACUGAGGACAAGGAAACUGAAAUGAAUUUGAGUUUAAAGCAUGAGGAAGCUGAAGCAAGUUCAAAUACAUUCACUACUAAAGCUAAUAUAUAACAUCUUGAUUGAUCGAUAAUCUUAUAUCCAGCAAGCCUUGGCCUUGAUAGUUAAGUGCAAUAGAUUUGAUCUCAGCAGCAAAUUAAGGAAAGGUAUAUGACAACCCUUUCUCAUGUCAUGUUAUUUUGUAUCAGCACUCUUUGUCAGGUUAGGUUUGUUCAGGGCUUCUUGUAAACAUAUGCAAGCUGUAGGAUGGUAAGAAUUCUUUCUUCCUUUUCUCGUACAGACAACUGAAAAUUAUUUGAUGAAGCUGAUGAUUGAAUUCGAGA